AUGAAGAAACAUUCUAUCUGUACAUCACCUAAUAUGCACUGUUAUCCAAAUCUUGAGAACGUUAGUGCUGUUCAAUGUUUCAUUUCUUUAAAUGUUACAAAAUUCUUUUGUGAAGCAAAUGAAAGAUGUGCAACAUAUGGAAAAACAAUGAAUCGAAUUUCUAAUCUUGUUGGUCGAAAUUAUAAUUCAGUGAUAAAAUAUUUUCCAAAUAAAUCAUUUUGGACAAGAAUUAAUCAAAUGAAUUUUCGACAAUUACAGAAUUCUACUAAGUAUUGGAUAGAUGGAUUUUCUAAACCAUAUUUAAUGAAUACAUUAGAAUCAGAUUUACAUAUGGAUGGAUCUGAGUAUAAUGGAAAACAUAUUGCUUAUUAUGACCAUUUAGAUAAUACACUGCUACCUACAUUAUCAAAUAGAACUGAUGCAAUUGAUGUAAUCUGUGAAGUAGAACAAAAUAAUAACAAUAAUACUACUAUUCGUGACAAUAAUAAGAAUCAUAAUCAUUUCAUACACAUAAAACAGUUUCAAAAGUGUUUGAAUGUGAGUAAUGAAGAGUUAUUUUCACCAGGCAAAUGUUUCGAUGGCUGUUAUUCACAAAUUACUAUGUUAAAUGUACAACAGUGUGCUUACAGAUGUGCAGAGGAUGAGAAUUGUUUACGUUUUUACUAUAAUCAUCUAAAGAAUACUUGUAUUCUUACACAAUAUAUCAUUUCGCUUAUUCCAUCUUAUUAUCAAAACAUGAAACAAGAAUGGGAUUGUUAUUCAUUGCAUAAUCAUAAAUAA